UAAAGCCUUUCUAAGCACGUUUAAGAUGUUAAACAAAUAUUUUAAUCUUAAAAUGAAACAUAUAUUAUAAUGAAAUAGCAAAAUAGGAGAUAACACAACGAAAAAAUGCCUCAUUUUGAGUGAAUUUAUAUAUGGCAAUGUUUUUUACCACAAUCGGAUACUGUCGGAAAGCAUCGCUAUGAAAUCGUUUUCACGUGUAUAAACAAUAAAUUUUAGUGAUCAAAAAUCACAAAAAAACAUGGAAAAAUUCCCGUUCAAUUCACGGCGUUCUCCAGUAAUCUCCUUGCACGGUGUGGCAGCAAGUUCAAAUGCUUUGGUGUCCCAAAUUGGGGCGAGGGUUUUGCAUUUGGGAGGAAAUGCAGCCGACGCGAGUGUGGCUAUGGCUGCUGCUUUGAAUGUCACGGAACCAUGCAGUACUGGUGUUGGGGGAGAUUGUUUCUGCUUGUUUUAUGAAGCACGAAGCAAGAAAGUUAAAGGCUUAAAUGGCAGGUUUGUAUUGUUAUCUACCCUAAGUAACCGUCAUUUGCUUCUAACAAUGAACAGACUUGCAGUUAAAACAUUUUCAUGACGUCAUGUGCAUGUUUCAAUUAGCCCAGCCAAUCAUUGUGAGCAUAGUCGAUAGAAUAAGAAGAUUAGGGAACUCGAUGCAGACAUACUAUACCUCAGACUGGGUAAUUAAACCAACACACAGCUAUUGGUUAGUCGGGCGAAAAAACAAUGCACAUAUGUGACGAUGAACCGACCAUUUUUGCAUAAACCAAGACAAAAACAUAGAUAAUGAGGUCACAAAAAUCUCACAUCUUGUAGCAAGUUUACCAGUCCAAAGUUGUCAACAAGUAUGGAACAAAUAAUAGUUUUGUUUGUGGAAACACCACGUAAAUUUAUUACUGCAAAGCUUUCGAUAUUAUUACAUGUUAUUAGCACUGAUGAAGAUCCGGGCUUACGGAUCGAAAGCUUUGCAGUAAUAAAUUUACGUGGUGUUUCCACAAACAAAACUAUUAUAUGUUUUAUCGCCAUGCAAACAUACAAAGAACUUAAGUAUGGAACAAGCUGUUAACAACUUGUCACAAGCUUGAUGGCAUCAGACUUGUUGCAAAGUUGUUCCAACAAGUCUGAUACAGCCAUGAUAUAACAAUAUUGUUACAACCUUGUGUUGUCAACCUUGUAAGUUAAUUGUCAACAAGUAUGGAACAACUUGUUACCAGUUGCAACAAUCUUGUUGAUAUUAUCAGACUUGUUGCAAGGUUGUUCCAACAAGUCCGAUACAGUUAUGAUAAUAAUAAUAAUAAGUUUAUUUCAGUGUUAAUUAAUGUAUUUAUAGCUUAAUUAAUGAUAUAACAAUAUUGUUACAACCUUGUGUCGGCAACCUUGUAACAUUCUUGUUAUAUCAUGACUGUAUCAGACUUGUUAGAACAACCUUGUAACAAAUCUGAUAAUGCCGUCAAGCUUGUUACAAGUUGCUACCAGCUUGUUUGAAAGUUGUUACAACAACUGGGAACAAGCAGUGCGAACACAACUUGUCGACAGCUUGUGAACAGAUUUGUGACAAUUUGUUUGCAGACCUGUAACAACUUGUGCGUUUUUACGUGUGUAUGUCUGCAUCAAGUUUCCUAACCUUCUUCCAUUGACUCUGUGUAAACCUGCAACAAACUUAAGCUGUAUAAUAUUUAUUUGUAUAAUAUUUAUUCAUGUUUUCAGUGGUAGAUCUGGAGCAGCCUUUACUCUGGACAUGUUGGCCAACCAUGGUAUAACAUCUGAGAUGGGCAUGCCGCCAUUAUCAGCACAUACUGUGACAGUGCCGGGCGCGGCAGCUGGUUGGGUGGACACAGUUGAAACAUUUGGUAGUGGCAAGGUAACACACACUGCUUUAACUUCUUACCUGAAUGAAUAAAAUCAUCUGAAAACAAGUUUAUGGCCAAAGUGAAUGUUGUCUAUACAGGAUCAUAACAAAAUCUGUACAACCAGGGAGAAGACCUUGUCAUAACUUUGCUUGUUUUUCUUUAAUGCAGUUAUCAUUGAAAGAAAUUCUUGAACCAGCAAUCACUCUGGCAGAAGAGGGCUUUCCAGUUUCUCCUAUCACUGCACACGUCUGGUCAGAGGGUGUUACAUCAUUCUUUGCACACAAGAAGAAUCCUAACAAGGAUGCUUUCUUGAUUAAUGGCCGAGCUCCACAUGCAGGUGAAGUGAUGAAAAUGCCACACUUGGCCGAAACAUUUAAGGUACAUUAAUAAAAGUUUUCUUUCUUUGCAAGUUUUCUUUCUUUAUUCUUCUUCACCUUCUCAUUCAUUCCUCCCUCCUUUAAUUCCUUCCUUCCUUUCCCCAAAAUUCAAGAAUAUAUACCUGUUGAUUCUUAUUCAGAUGCUCGCAGAACACGGCAAAGAUGGUUUUUACAAGGGCAGAAUAGCUCAGUCAAUUGUGGACAUUGUUAACGACAAUGGUGGACGAUUAACUUUGGAUGAUUUAGAGAAUCAUUCAAGCACAUUAUGCGAUCCAAUUUCUACAACAUAUCAAGGAAUUCGUGUCUGGGAAAUUCCUCCAAAUGGACAAGGGAUAAUUGUGUUACUUGCUCUAAAUAUUCUGAAGAAUUUCUCUUUGAAAGGUAGGGAAAUAAGUAACGGAAACUCUAAUCAAAAUUUGAACCUGCUCAAAGUCGAUAAGAGUAUGACCGAGGCUUUACAUCUGCAUGCAUGAUUCUUGUGUUUGUGCUAUCUUUGAACAAUGAUCCCGCAGUCACUGACACCUGACUUUAUUAUAUUAUUCCUGUCUAGAUCUCAAACACAACUCCAUUGAGUACAUUCAUAUCAUCCUAGAGGCGUUACGACUGGCGUUUGCUGAUGCAUGUCAAUAUUGCGCAGAUCCGAUGCAUUCUGAGCUUCCUCUGGAACAGUUACUCAGUGAAGAAUACGCCUGUGAACGAGCGAAACUUAUUAACAAAGAAAAGUGAGUUUGGUUGUGUAUCCAUGGACUCUUUAAAGACUGAUCAUAAUUUUACCUCUACCAAACAACGCAUCAAUAAGAGAUGAUCGUUACUUGACCUCCAGGAAGAACGGUUUAGAACUGAUAGAGCUAUCCAGCAUAAAUAAAGUUAGUUUAGGUUUCCUCGUGUAGUAACACUGGAUCAAUAAGAGAUGAUCCUUACUGGACCUCUAGUACGAACAGUUUAGAACUGAUAGAGCUAUCCAGUAUAAAUAAAGUUAGUUUAGGUUUCCUCAUGUAGUAACACUGGAUCAAUAAGAUAUGAUCCUUACUGGACCUCUCGGAAGAACAGUUUAGAACUGAUAGAGCUAUCCAGUAUAAAUAAAGUUAGUUUAGGUUUCCUCCUGUAGUAACACUGGAUCGAUAAGAGAUUAUCCUUACUGGAUCUCUAGGAAGAACGGUUUAGAACUGAUAGAGCUAUCCAGUAUAAAUAAAAUUAGUUUAGUCCCGAAACUGAUAGAUCCAUGAUCUAGUAUUGAGUAUGAAGAAAGUUAGUUCAAUGAAAAGUCACAUCACUUUUUAGAUGUUGCAAGCUUCACUCAGCUGGUACACCAUGUGUAGGUACAGAUACAGUUUAUUUCACAGUGGCUGACCAGGAAGGCAAUGCUUGUUCUUUCAUAAACAGUAAUUUCUGUGGCUUUGGAACUGGACUCGUUCCUUAUGACUGUGGGUUCACUUUACAUGUACGUUCUAUCAUAACUUGAAUAUUAAUAUAUUUUGGGUUUGUGACUUUAAGUCUGCUUUUCACUAUCAAAGUUUCUGUGAUCACAGUAGGAAUUUUGCGUAGGUAAAGUUUUGAAGGAUUUGUACAGGUGUAUGUACCACAGAGUACCGCAAAAAUUUACAUGUUCCAUAUCUUUUGUCUAAUGUAUGUAAUAUGGUUCCUUAAUAUUUUUUAGUAUAGUCUAUCGAUAUAUUUUUCUUCCUGGGGGUUUUGGGGCAAGAUUUCAUAGACUUAAUUAUUUUUUUUUUAAAUGAAUAUUCUGCGGAAAAAAAUCCAAUGUACCACACAAUACCAGUGCAGAGGUAAGUAAGCAACGGUUUAUCGAAUUGUACCAGGAUUUGGUGUCAUGUUGUAUGAUAAUACUGUGGGAUAUUGCGAACUUAAUUUAGUGAAAGUUAAACACUAAAAUCAGUACAGAAUACCAGUGGUAUAACCAAAGAAUACCAGUUUAUCCUUCAAAAUUUAGAAUUUACCAAUGCAGAAUUCCUACUGUGAUCACGUAAACCUUAGGGGCUGUUUAUUCAAUGAAGUGUUACGUAUUUUGAGCAAUUGAAAUACGUGUUUCAGCCCUAAACAAAAGUUAGAGAACAACAUUUGUUUUUUGUUUAAAACAUGGAAUUUCAUACAAUUUGUAACAGGCAAUUUUGUUAGAUCAUGAACUGCAACUUAUUUCAAUUGCUCAAAAUACGUCACACUUCAUUGAAUCCCGGGUAAGCGGGACCAUAUAAACAGCCCCUUACGUUAAAUAUUUCUCUCGUAGAAUCGAGGUUUAAAUUUCUCGCUGGAGCGAGGUCACGUAAACUGUGCUGGUCCCAGAAAACGACCAUAUCAUACCAUCAUUCCUGGUCUGGCUACAUUCGAUCAAACUGGUGAUCUCUUUGCAAGCUUUGGUGUCAUGGGUGGGUUUAUGCAACCACAGGGUCAUGUGCAGGUAGGCCGGCUUUCUUUUUGAUUCAUUCUGUGGGGGUUUCAGUUAGACAACUGAUGAUUUCAUUAUUGGGUUUUUAGCGACUACUUUAGUUAGACUGUAGGUAAUUUCGAUGGGGAAUACUGAGCUACGAGAUUAUUUUGUCUAUGCUUCUAGUUUUCGGCGAGGUCCAAAUCCGCCAUUUUUGGGGGUACUGUCUGCCCUCGUGAAAGAUUUUAGACAAUUCAAACAAUGUGAAAAACUACUUUUAAAAGUUGUAACUGUAAGUUUACCAUUAUACAAACAACUAGAAUACUAAAAAGUUGUAUUUCGUGAUGCUGAGACUCUCAAACGUGGGAGAGGCAAUACCCCAAAAUGGCGGAAAAAUGGACCGUGAGAACGGUUUAAUUGUAACUCCACAGGUAAAAAGGUACAAUUUGUAUGUCACAGGUCUGCAAACUAGUUGUUACAAAUUUGUUCCCAGUUGUUGUAACAAGGUCAAAACAGGUUGUUAACAACUUGUAACAAGCUUGAUGGCAUUGUCAGACUUGUUACAAGGUUGUUCUGACAAGUCAGAUACGGUAACAAGAAUGUUACAAGUUUGACAACACAAGGUUGUAACAAUAUUGUUGACAAAUUGUUGAAUUGCAGGACGAUAACAAGUUGUUGCAGGUUUGUUACAACUUGUAUGUUUUUACAUGUGCAAGCCAUUACAAUGUAUUUUUAUCCAUGUUUAGGUGCUCCUAAACAUGAUAAAUUUUGGCAUGGAUCCACAAGAGGCUCUAGACAAGCCUCGUUUUAAAGUUGCUGUGUCAAACACAGACCACGCUGUGGGUAAAACUAUACAGCUUGAGCAGGGGAUAACACAGGAUGUUGCUGAGGGCUUGAGGACAAUGGGGUACAAUGUUGAACAUGAUAGUACUUUUUUGAACUUUGGUCGGGGACAAAUUAUUCAAGAGAAAAUGGGUGAGGGAAAGGAUGGGAGGCGGGUCUAUUGGGCGGGGUCUGACCCCCGAGCCGAUGGCAUGGCAAUAGGAUUUUAGAAAAUUAUGAGUAAUCAUUACAUCAAUUUUAGAAAGCUUUUAAUAAGUAGUUAUACAUUUGAGUAGUGUAUAUUAUGUAUAUGCGGAGCUUUUGGUUCCGCAAAGUCACUGCACUAUGAAUUAGGAAUUGUUAGUGAAUUUUUUUACAAAGUAGAAUAUAAAUUAGAAUACACUUUUCAACUUUAUGAAUUAUAUAGAACUACAAUUACAUAAUAAGUGCUAUAUUAAUCUAGGUUUAAUUAAAGCAACUUUGAGGAAAUGUAUGCCAAUUAGGUAAUUGCUUAUAUCGAUAAUAGCCUAACUAUAAAUUAGUUUACGUAAAAUGUCCGUACUUCAUACUUUGACCAAAACUAUGUUUGUGCGCAUAUAUUACACAAAUUCAAAUGUUCUGCCCCAAACUAAAUUUUCAUUUACAAACUGGGCAUCUUAACUAGUCAUACAACAGUACAAAAUGUAACUAGUCAUACAGCCUUCUCAUGCUCGGCUUAUCCGUCAAUUUUUGGGGUACUGCCUCUCCUACGCCUGAAAAUGUAUGCACUGCAAAAUGUGUACAUAAGGUAGUUGUGUAUAUUAAUUAUAGUAAAUUUACAUGCAGUUGCAACUUUGAAAAGUAGCUUUUCACAUUGUUUACAAUGACAGUACCCCAAAAAUGGUGGAUAUACUCUAUAUUAUAAUACAAGAUAUUAAAUUUCAUUCAAGCCUAAUAUUUAUUUACAUUAUAGCCGCUUUAAAGCACGCUUUUUGUCUUUUUUCUUUUUUUCUAUUGUCUUAUCGCUAAGCCCUCGCUUUUUGCCACACAAGCUAGAAUCGCUAACGUCCAAUGCAGCGCUGUCCGGUUGCGAGGAUUUUGCAUGAAUAUCUGUCAUCAUUUUUGCUCUGCGAGAAUAAUCGUCGUAUUCUUCAAGUAACAAUUUACCCGCCUCCUCGUUUAGUGCAGACUCCGGGUUUGGGACAAUAAGCAAACAUUUUAUUGUCUGUAAAGAAAAAUGAAAAAUAUUAUCCAUGUUAAUAGGUUUAAUCACAUGUGUAUCUCCUAACAAUUUCAGUAAUUCUUUCAAUGCAAAAAACAAAAUUAAUUUAAACUCCUACCAGUAAAAUAUGUUUAAUCCCAAGAUCAGACUUCCAGUCUUUUUUUAACGUGUUCACACAAAUCUCCCCAUUGCUAGCAACGUUUGGAUGAAAUAUCUUUGUCGUAAAAAAUCCU